AUGAGGAAUAUCAUGAUGGAAGAAAAAGCAAAAAAAAAUAUAGAUGAAUCACAAACACGUCAACGUUAUUCUUAUUCUAAACGUCAUAAUACGGGUCACAUAUUCCAAGAAGGUGAUAAAGUUUUCGUCAGAAACUUGUGUAGGGAUGAUCGGAAAGGUGGUUGGCGUCAGAUACCGUGGAAUGGUCCAUAUGAAAUAGUAUCUAUUCACUCGGGCAAUACAUGCAGUGUACUCAAAAAUGAGUUCAAAGUCUUGAAAAAAAAAAUUCAUUAG